AACAGAUAUAUUGUCUAACCAGAAUCAAUCAAUGAUUCUUAAAAAGAAAAGAAUACAAGUCUAUUGAUGGACGCGUCACUGAAUAACAACAACGAUACAACGAUCGAGCAGAAUAAAAAGGUAUCGUAUCAGUCUUCCAUCAAGCGCAGAGAUGAUUUUGCUGAAAAUGACAGUUAUACAAACGGAUAUAUGCCGAAUAAAACGCAAAGUUUUGAACUGCAAACUAAAAAUGAUAGUGAGAAAUCUAGCAGUGAAGAACCUGAAAAACCUAGGAAAGCGGCCAGGCCUAUUCCUAAUUUGAUUCCAAUCCAGAGCGCUUCUUCUAGACGAUCGAGUGGUGCGAACUCCGUGGAAAUGAGCCAAAAGGACAUGAACGAAAUCUGCGCCAAAUCGCAAAAUAGUGCCUUGAAAGAUUUCGCCUCAUUGGUUGGAGCUGAAGAGAACGCUUCGUUUUUCGAUCGUCUCAAAGAAAAACUACUGACGGACGCUGGCGAAAGUGGCAGUGCCACGUGCAAUAACUGUGGACACGUGUCUAGCUCUUUGUCUGAGGCUGCUUCUCAUCAAAAGACAUGCAAUUCGAUGGAAACAAAGGAUGUAAGUGUCAGAUCUGGGUCUAUUUUGCGUUCAACUAGAUGUCAGUACUGCAGACAUCGAUGCAAAUCGAGUGCAGAUCUGCUGCAACAUUUGGCGACCUGCGCCAAUGCAGACUUGCAGAAUUCCACCAAUUCGAUGGGAGCGUCCAGUGAAAGCAGCUCAAAUGGAAAGGCGGACGCGACAAUUGACAUGGACGCAGCAGAAUCGGCUUCAACUGCGCCGGUUGAUGACCUCCAAGGGCCGCAUCCCAUGGAGAACGUGGUCUUUGUGUGGAACACGCUGCCGCCGGGACGAGGUGCCGAUCAGCAGAUGGAGGAGCGGAUGCAGGAUGAGGAGAGCAGUUUGGAUUUGAGUGUCAGAACGGUCAGUCCGAUGGGAAGAAGGGCAAAUCAGCGAGUCCGAGUAUUGCGUCGGCGUCGAGACGGCACCCGGUAUUUAAAUGCCCAAGCUGUUCUUCUGGGCCACGACUGCAUCUCGAUUUCACGUUCAUAUAGUGGGACAUCUGAAUAG